UAUUGACCUACAAAAUGGAGCGCCAAGUGUGAUGUUUGUGCCUCAGAUGGACCAGUCGGAGACUUCUGAUAUACAUUUAAAGUUACUAUUAAUAGGCGAUAUGAAUGUUGGGAAAAGCAGCCUUCUCUUCCGGUACAUCGAUGACGGUUUCAGUGAUACCUAUAUGAGUACAAUCGGAGUAGACUUUAAAGUAAAAACAGUCAUGAUUGGCAAUACAAGAGUAAAGCUACAAAUUUGGGAUACAGCUGGACAGGAGAGAUUUCGUACUAUAACAUCAACAUAUUAUCGUGGUGCUCAUGGAAUUAUCAUUGUAUAUGAUGUCAAUGAUGUGAAAACAUUUUGUAAUGUAGAAAAAUGGGUAAAAGAGGCACAAACUUACGCUGAUGAAGGAGUAGCACGAAUACUAGUCGGUAAUAAAAACGAAAGUGAAGAAUUAAAAACUGUAGCCACUUGUGAUGCUCAACGUUUAGCAGCUAAAAAUUCAUGUCUUUUUAUUGAAACAUCUGCUAAAAAUGAUGAAAAUGUUGAUCAGGUAAUGUUGCAAUUCGUAUUUCUUAAAAUUUUAUGAGAUAUGGUUGGUUUAUAUAUUUCUCAAUUUUUUUUAAUACCAUGGUUAUUUUAAGAUUUAAGAAGUUUAUAUAAUGUUCAGCUCUUUUAACUAAGUAGUACAGCUUACGGAAAUGUAUUUUCGAUAUCAUCAUGGCGAAUUAUAAAUAUACUCUAUUUUCUUCACAAAUACCAUCUUUAUUUUAAAAAAAUAUUUGGAAAAUUUGUAUAUGUUUUUCAAUAAAACAUUUAAGUUAACUGUUGUUUAUAAUUUUGUACAUUGCAUAAAAAUAAGUAUUUCAUCAUAAUGAAAUCAAUGCAUUAUUGUCUCAGUUUAUAUUGAUUAAUCAUAUGAUACAAUCUAUACAGUGAAUAAAUUCAGUGGGUACAUGUGUUUGGCAAAAACAAAAGUUGAAUUGUCUAAAAUUUGUAUAGAUUCCUAGUUUUUCUAGGAAAAAAACGUAUUUAUGUUUGUAUUAAGUUAUUUUUACACAUUUGAGGUUUGCUUUUGUUUUCCAUUUUCAAAAAAGAAGUAGAAAUAAUCACAAGGUGAUGAAUUAAUGAUGGUUUUUGUCGUGAGAACUAUCCUCUGAAUAACUUCCCACACGUAAUGAUAUAAGAAUAAAUUCAUGUCAAACUACUUGAAAUUGUUAUGUGAAAUCUGUUUUUAAGUGACAAAACCGUUCAAGUUGAAAAGGUAUGCCAAACAGUCUAAAGGUCAAAACAUACACGUUUAUAUUUUAAUUUAAUAACACGACGGCAUCGUGUUUGUCAAAUUAAUAGAGAGAUAUGUUGUUGUAGUAGGUUGAAGAUAAUCGAUAACAGUAUCUUUGUAGAUGCAUAUGUCGAUUUUACUUGAUUAUAUUCAGAAUUUUUUGUACAUUCCAAAAUGACAUUGAGGCAUGUGUUUUAAUUCCACUCCACCGAUAAUCGGAGUGUUGGUGGAAUAGAUUGCACAAGUCAGCUGUUAAUUGACAAGUUACAUUGUUUAUUAUCAUUACUUCUGUUCAAUACUACUUUUUUGGUGCUAUUGAUUAGCGUAACAACUUUGACUGGUUCCGAAUUUUGAAUUAUGUAGAUAGAAACGCAAACAUACUGAUCACUAUUAUUUAUACUUUGUUGUGUAAUGCUAUUUCUUCGAAGAUGUCACAGCAGAUCAUUUUGCUGUCCAUUGAGAAGUUUACCAUUCAGUGUCAUUUAAAGCAUGUGCGAUAAGUAGAAAUAGUAGUGAUAUUGAAUGUAAUAUAAGAACUUGUAAUUCCCAGCUCUGUCAAAUACGUACUGUAUUAGUCACAAAUGAAGCAGGAUAUGAAAGGAACAAAAAGUCUAUGCACACUUGAAUGCAUCGUAUUCGAAUUCGAAUCAAGCGCAAAAAUUGAACGAAAAAUUACCACAAUAUGCAGAUAUCACAGUACGAUCGAUAGUUUCUGAAACUUUCCUUACAGAAUUUUACCAAAUUAAAAUUUGUUAUGUCCUACAACCGACCGAUAUGGGUAGAUGACCUUGAGCAACCAAUACUUAGCAAGGACGAGGGAGGCAUACUCUAUGCUUGACCGUUGGAUGAAUACUGACUGGCCCCGAACGAAGGAAAAAACACGAAACCAAUAAUCACCAGUUCAAGAUCGUUAUUAUAUUUUAGACAUUCAUUUAUAUGCAUACAAGACUAGACCACUCAGCAGAUCUACUGAGUUACAGUAUUAACUCAGAGCAACAACAUUAAUGAUGAGAAAAACGGAGUACUGGGUACAAAAAUAAUCAGUUGUAGUUUAUGAGCGAAAAAUGCUAUAUUUAUUUAUUAUUUAUUUGAACACAUGAAUAUUGGUACAAGAGAGCGCCAAUAUAUAUGCGCCACACAAAACAAUGAGAAUUCGAAGAGAAGUAGAAAAAGGAAAAAAAACUAAGGAGCGCAAAAGAAAAAGAAAACAAUGACGAAGAGAUUAGAGUAAGGUAGUGUGGUGGUAACGACGGAACGAAAACGUACAAUCAGAAGAAAUCUUUCAGGUAAAGGAGACACAACCACUUUUUAUGAAGAAAGUAAAAGAAGGUUACAGCAGGAUCGCCACUGGCUUCUAUUCUGAGCCAUAUCUGAUAACGUCUCUAGCCACUGUGUAGCACCAUCUCUCAGACCCCAACCAGGGAGUCGUGAAGGACCAACAGAAGCCAGUCCUUUGCAGAUUUCUUUCAUACCACGACACCAUGUCAUGCACUGACCACCUCUCCGCUUCUUCCAACCAGUCCCAGAGUCGGCAAAUAAUGCACGACGUGGAAUUCUCUGGGACGACAUUCGGAGAACAUGUCCAAUCCACCGAAGUCGGUGUUUCAAGAUGGUGACACCAAUUGAAUUAUCAUCUCUGUGCCCGAACACACGAUGCCGAACCUCUGCAUUACUGACAUGGUGUUGCCACUGAAUGUCAGCAAUCCUUCGGAGACAGCGAUGAUCGAACACAGAGAGUCGUCUAACGUCCUCAACUCGGAGAGACUAGGUUUCACAAGCAUAGAGCAAAACUGCUCUCACCGACGCGUUGUAGAUCCGACCUCGGUUCCAUACUUACCUGCAACAGAAGUUGCAACCAGCUUGCUAACAUCAAUCCGUUGAUGACGGUCACUUCGUUGUCCACCGAAAAGUAAGGCAAGAUUGGCGCAGACUAAGGCAUGGUCAGAGUCCAGAUAGGUACUCCAAAAGGAGUGGCAGUCUUGUACACAACCACGCCAGUGGUAGCUGAUCGCGAUGUGAUCAAUCUGAGUCCAGGCUUGGGAUGCAGAGGGAGGACGCCAGGUGGUACAUUGGCGAUGACUAUGCCGAAAGUUAGUGCUAGCCAGAAACAGGUUGUGUUCUGUGCACAGUUGCAGUAGACGGUCCCCGUUAUCUGUCCUGCGACCAAC